UUGCGCUUUUGAAGGUCAGAAACAGCGCUCUCAAACCUCCACCGAACACCUACUGAGAUUUUUAGACUUGCGGCAUUCAGAAAUGUCUAAAAACCGAGAAUUGAGCUACCAUGGGCAUGACGAAAAUGAUGAAGAAUCUGAUAUAAGUUAUACUCCAUGGCUGGGUGAAGAAGAAAAAGACACUGUAGAUGAUUCAAGUGACAGUAAAAAUGCAUUACACAAACCACGGAAAAUCAAAAGGGAAAUUACAACAAGGCCAACUGUGAGCCUUGCAUCAGGUACUGUGUCAUUACACAACACCAUAGGUAUGAUUGACACAUUUGACAGAGAAGCAGAUACCAUUGUAGAAGACACCUAUGCUCGAUCCGAAGCAUAUGCGCAUGCUUUUGAAGAUGAACCUGGAAAGAGGAUUCCCAAAGCUGGAGUCCAUGCAGAAGCAGGAAUUGGACGAGCUAGUGCUGAAUUCAGUGUAUUUGAGGCUAAAGCCAAAGGCCCAAAUGUCUCAGCUGGUGCUGAAGUUAGUAUCGCUGGAGCUGGAGCAAUGGCUCGGGCUGAAAUUGCCAGUGCAUCAGCUCAAGCCGGUCCAAUUGGUGUGAAAGUGGGGCUUGGAGUCGACACGGGUGUAUCUGCUGGUGCGGAUGGGUUUGAGGCCAAAAUACUGGGAACUGGAAUCUCAGUGGGUCCAAAAACCAGUAUCUCUUUUCUGGGGUCAGAAGUGUCAUGUUCAGUCAUGUAAUCAUGCAGGUGUGUUUAAUUCAAUUACACCAGCUCCAGUUUGGAUCCAACCUUUGCAAAGAUUUCAGAUGAUGCCAACUUUAUAUCGACAUACAAAACUGUCAGAUAUUAUCCUUAUAUUGUAAUCAUUAUAAGCACAAGUUGUAAUUGUUGUCCAACAUGUUUGUUGUGUCUGUUUAACUGACCACAUAGUGUGAUAUAUGUAUAUUACACACAUAUUAUUUUGAUCUGUGGCUAAUAACAAAAUACUUUUGAAGGAUCUGACGAUCCUCAAAUGCAAACUGUGUAUGUUUUGCCGCAGAGCAACCAUACAUUUGUGUUGUGUUUGCUUUCUUUUAUUCUUCAUUUAUUCUUCAUUCUUCAUUCAUUUAGAAUCAUUAAUCAUUUCAUCAUUUUAUUAUUCCAUUUAAUCAUACAAUCAUUUAUAAUAAUCAUUAUAGUCAUUUAUAUAUUCAUUUUAGUGAUUCAUUAAUUGAUUAGUAAUUCAUAUUAUAUUAUAGUUGUUUUUUAUAUAUUUUUUCCGUUGUUGUUUAGUCUUAUGGCUGUGUAGCUUCAAGGGCUGUUUGUCUUCAUGAAUAAGAGAUACAAGGGAAUGUUUAUAGAAACUCAAGGUUUAUGGGAUGUUGUUGUGAACCAGUUUGGUAUAACAGUACUUGUUGAAUUUGUGUUCUCCAGACGAAGUCUGAGCAUUGAGACAUAUGCAACUAAGACUAUUCAAUAAACUCUGCUCCUUUUUAUCAUCAUUACUUCGUCUCCUGCUAUUUUCUGACGGGAUCUGGUGUCCGGGGCUGGAUCCUAAUUGUCUGGCGUGAGGACCUGAUGUAACACUUUCAAAAUGUAACAUUGAAACAAGAAUGAUCUGUAACACUGCUUUGAAUUAUGUAUU